AUGCGGUCUGCGACUUCGAAAAUGAAUAGUUCAACAUCUGGAGAUUCUUCGAAAAAUAUCAUGAAGUGGGUCCUCGUGCAAUGGCCAACUAAAAAGCGUGAUUUGGUCCACAUGCAAUCUAUUUUGUGCCCUACGGAGAAGGUGGAGGUCGGAAGAUAUGUAGACCUGCAUUGGGCUGGGAGGGAGAAUACGGCACUUGUGGUUGCGCUUUCACAUGAUCGUGAGAUGCUGGAAAGUAUGAUGAAGAAACGAUCAAGGUCACCUGUAGCAGGUCCUAGCUGGAGCAGGAAGAUGGAAGAGAUCGAUAGGGAUUAUUCCCCGAGUGCUUCGUCUUUGAAGCCAAGUGAUGAUGAAACUACGUCGUUGGCAGACACCGAUGAGGUUCGUUCACCUUUACUAAUUAUAAAAAAAUAUAUAAAUGUUUGCUUGAACAAGUUUGAUUGAAGAAAUAGACAUUCAAGAAAUCAGAAAGCACAAAAUUAUAUCUGAGUCAUCAUUAAAGACUUUACGCAGAAAGAACGUAAAAUCCCAGGAUGGCAGAAUUAGCAAGGGACGCUUUGGCAAAAAACAUGAGAGCUCAGAGAAAUAAUCAGAUAAUUCGAGCAAUUAAAAAAGACGAUUAUUUUUAUAGUAUUGAAAAUAUGAUGACGAAUUUUGAGUGUCUAAUGAAUUGGGUAAUAGAACGCAGAAAGAGUAUGUCGCCGAAGGCUCGGCGGCUGGAGGAGUCACCCGAGGCGCCACAGUGCCAUAGGUCGCUGAAGUUAUCUGAGUCGUCGAAGUCAUCGGAGGAAGAUCAUGAGCAUGAGUUUGAUCGAUCAGAUUACGAGGACCUCAUCAAUAACAAGAUCAGAAAAGUUUUCAAAAAAGCAAUUCAUAGAAUGAAAACGGAUAAAAAUGUCACUCUUAAAACUAUACAGAAAAGUAUGAAGAGGAUCAGUGACGAAAUUAAAAAACUCUAGCAAUUACCGAAUUUAAAGCCAAUGAGGAAAAUGAAAAUAUCAAUUCCACCAUAGAACCAACAGACAAACCAGAUAAAGAAUGGAUCGGCAUUGGCUCCGGAAAAACAUUGGUCCCUAAGGACAAGUUAAAAAAUGUCAACUGGAAGUCUUACACAAUUGCCACAAGGUCUUUGCUUCUUGCAGUGUUCCCAAGACGAAUCUUGGCUACACACUCUUUGACUGGAAAAAAGUCGCCAGCCUUCCUUCACAAGCCAGCCAAAAUGUCCCUGGAUCCACAAGCAGUCUCUGAUGUGAUUUACGAGAUUAUGGAUAAAUUUGGCGUAACAGAAAGUUUAGUUCGGGCCACCAUUACUACUAAGUGCGCCGAUGAGGCUAAGAUGCUCAAAAUGCGUCAUGGUAAAUCUGAAGAUGACCUCGAAAACAUCCCGCCGCCAGCUAAUGAUGACAAAAAUGCCUAG